AUGGCUGCCGACUCGGUCGAAAAAAUCGUGGAUGGGAUUCAACAAUGCGGGAUCAAGGCGAUCGCCCUCGAUGACAUGCGGCAGCAGCUCAUCGAAGCCUUCCAUUUAGUGGACCAUAAAAAGCCGAAGGGUGGGGACGCCAAGGGGGGGACGACGGAGCUGAGCGAAUCCGCUCGCGCUGAGCUGGCUGGUACCCUCUACACUCUUCGCGCGCACCUGCAGCGACUACAGACUAGCCUCACAGAACAAGACUCCCAACGGAAGCGCCGGCAGGAACUUCCUCGUGAUUCUGGGGUCAAAAAUAAACAUGCGAAAAAGAAAAUUACCGUAGAGAUUAUACAUGACUACGAAAAGGAGCCGUUGCCUUAUAAGAAGCCGCCCUUUCGCAAAAUGAUUUGCCCAACAAAUCAUAAUAGCCGACAUGGCUCAGAGUCCAAAAAGACAAAAGUAAUGACCCUCAACGGGUCCGUAGCAUCUGAUUCAUACACCCCUUUUGAAUCACAGUCCUAUAGUCUGGUCGAGGAUUACGUGAGCGAAAAAAAAGACAGAAAAUCCCCAACGAGCGUUUCGGAAUAUACAAGGAGUGUUGAAAGUUCAUCCUUGGAAUCCUCAUCCCGGUCAUCUUCCAGGAGGCACUCAGCAUUAUCGCUGGUAAGCAGUACGCUCACCAGCAAGAGUAGCUCACUGGCCUCGUCGUCGUCUUCUCGUAGCGUUUCCUCCACAACGACCUCGUCACGGGACCGUAGGAGGGGCAAGAAAAUUACCCCACAAGGCGCCGCGAAAGGUGGGCGAAUAAGCUCCGACAGUAGUUCUCAAAGCGAUAGCAGUGCGGAGAACCUUUUUUGGAAAAGGCGCGCGAAUGCGUUGAAGAGGAGAUAUUAG